AUGCUUGGACUGCUUUAUGAACUACGGGAAGUAGCAAUAUUUCUAGAUUUGCAGCAAAAGGCAGAUUUCCAUGACAAGUUCCAGUCUGAAGGCUUUCAGUUAUCCCUAGCUUGCCUGGUGGACAACUUCGAAGCAUUGAAUGCCAUCGACCUUAAACUGCAAGAGAAAGACAUCAAAAUUCUCACGAACCACGACACCAUUCGAAUCUUCAUGGCCAAACUCGACCUCUGGAAAUGUCGAAUUCAGCUGGGAAAUAUAGCCAGUUUUAGUUACUUGGAUUCUGCUCUCAUUCACGGUAACCUUGAUUCUGAUUUAAAGCAACAAAUAAUCACUCAUCUAACUGAUUUGAAAACAGAAUUCGUCAGAUACUUCCCAGAUAUAGAUGAAAAGCCUAAAGCUUGGAAAUUCAUCAGGAAACAAUUUCAGUGUGAAGUGACUGAUGUUUUGGAUGAAGUGCAAGAGGAGUUUCUUGAGCUGAAGUUCAACUCACCAGCUAAGGAAGACUUCAAAGAACUGGAUCUUGAAACGUUUUGA